AGGGUCGCUCAGCAGCAAAGACUGGUGGUGAAGCCUUUCUUCUAUCAUUCCGUCUCCGCUGCGCUGCUCUCCUCAGUUUUUUUACUGUUACUUCUGGGGCUGUGCCUGCGCCCUGUCGAAACCCCUACGCUUCCUCUCUGCUUCGCUUCAUUGCGGGAUCUGCUGCAAUCCUCCUCCCUCUCUCACACCUGUCUUUCAGCGAAGAAACCAACUCCAGCACUGCCUCACCGCUGACGUCGCCUUGAGCGUCCGACGUUGGUAACGCCCCUCUUUAGUCGCAUAUCGCAUUGCGUUUUGAUCGGCCGCUUCGAGAUGACCCUCAGCCUUGACGCUCCCUAGGCCAUUUGGAAAAGAAAAAGAUGCGCAUUGGCUGUACCGAUGAGCACAGCGACGCUUCAGACGCCGCAGCAACAGCCGCCGCCGCAGCGAGCGGCCUCAGCUCAGGGCCAUAGACAGUACCUACGAACCAGCAACCCUCAAAACACCCGAAGCGCCUCCCACCCACAUCCCAGUCGUCAGUACGAUAAGGACCAGAGCCAGAAACAUGGAGAUCCAGCCCGGCCCAAGGAAGAGGGGGAGGUCAUGUCUCCGGAGGAGGUCUCUAAGCCCCCAGAAGAGAAGAAGCUUGGACAGUCAUCCCGCACCCUCAAAGUCUCCGACUUCGAGUUGAUGCGGACACUUGGAACCGGUACCUUUGCUCGAGUCUGGCUGUGCCGGUUCGCAAGUCCUCACCCGGAGGACAGGGACAAGGUGUUUGCGCUCAAGGUUUUGAAAAAGGUGGAUGUCAUCAAGUUGAAACAGGUUGAGCACGUCCGAAACGAGCGAGAUGUGCUCGCUGCCGUCGCUGGACACCCAUUCAUUACCACCCUAAUUGCGUCAUUCUCGGACGACACCUCACUGUACAUGCUGCUGGACUAUACCCCUGGCGGCGAGAUAUUCUCGUAUCUCAGACGGGCACGUCGCUUUCCCUUUUCGACGGUCCAGUUCUACGCGGCUGAAAUCACCUUGAUAUUGGCCUACCUCCAUGAGGUGCAAUUUGUUGCAUAUCGAGAUCUCAAGCCCGAAAAUAUCCUCCUCGACGUUGAUGGCCACCUCAAACUGGUUGACUUCGGUUUCGCCAAGUACCUCCCACCGAGUCCAGAACAGCAUGGCGACAAUGGCCAGAGCGCCACUCUUGAGAAGCUGGGCACCGAGCAUCCCGAGCCCCAGGCUAACGGAGCGGGUGUCACAUAUACUCUCUGCGGCACACCUGAAUAUCUAGCCCCUGAGGUCAUACGAAAUACCGGUCAUGGAACCGCAGUCGACUGGUGGGCGCUGGGGAUUUUGGUCUACGAAAUGCUGAUCGGUCAACCACCUUUUUGGGACCAAAACCCAAUGCGCAUCUAUGAGCAGAUUGUUGCUGGUCACAUUCGCUUCCCUACUGCGCACCCGUCCCAACAUGGACACCGUCAUAGCCUUCACGUGCCGCGGGCUGCACGAGAUUUCAUUCUUGCGCUGUGCAAGACCGAUCCCACGCAGCGACUCGGGCACAUUGCCGGAGGGAGCAAGAGAGUGAUGCAACACUAUUUCUUUGACGGCGUUGAUUGGGACGAGAUAUAUUAUCGGAAGAGGCGGGGGCCUAUUAUACCCAGGGUGGAAUGGGCCGGGGAUGCGGGCAACUUCGAUGAAUAUCCCGACCCUGUCGAAGGUGAAGAGAGCGAGGGCGGAAGAGGGAGGUACACGGAUGAAUUGCGGGAGGAGUGGGAAGACGCAUUCAAGGACUUUUAGGCUUUUCCAAUCUGGUGAGGACGCGAAAGUGAUGGGAACAAGGGAACCGGUGGGAAACGAGCACAGUCGGCGGAUUCGAAAGUGUAUACAAUCGGUCCACGCUUUGAAUGCUGAGCAUACGGUGUCGGAUUUUGAUCUGUAAAUGACUAGACAAAAGGGAGUUGGGUUUGUGAUUGCUCACGAGGGGAUAUUGUCAACCACCGCCGAAAUCAUGCGUCGUAACUCUAAUAUGCCUUUUUGUCGGGCCUCGAGAUACCAGUUUGAAGACGUAUCGAAGAAACAAACGACCUAUAUCACGGCUCCUGGUACGGAAAGGAGCACUACUGGGUUAGACUAUGUCGACUUGUUCGGCCUCAUGGAUGGUAUAGGAUUCUUCGCAUCCAAAAGGAGGGAGGUAUUGAUCCCCAACAACUGUCUGGGGAGAACCGUUUGGGGUUGCUCGUAUCUCAGGCAGGGUGGGCUCCUAUCACUUGUCGCAAGGCUGAGAAUUUGUUGCGAGGUUUGCAUAGCCCUGGCCUGAUGUAUGUCACUCGCGCAGUGCUCUUGGUAGAGCAUUGAGAAGCUUUGUCCCAAGGGGAAAUUUGAAGUCGCCAGUGUCUCCUGCAUCAUCUGGGAAGCUGGACAUCAA